AUGACAUCCAAGGGCAUCACACUGAAGUGGCUUUUUCCAUUUGUCACAUCCACUCUGGUUGUGUUUGUUAUCCUAAUGCCAGCUCCGUGCAGCGCCAUCAUGGUGAACUGCUCUCAGCCAAACCAGCCGGCCCUGCUGGAGGCGCUGACUCCAAUCUUUAACCUGAGCGCCAUACGACCUGUCAUGAACAUGACGACCUGCACCAACAUCAAAAUCUUCUUCACCCUGUAUGGAAUACUAGGAGUGGAUGAAAAGGCUCAACUCUUGACCACGUACCUGUGGCUCCACUAUUGGUGGAUAAACGAGCUUGUCAGUUGGGAUCCAGUCGAGUGUGGCACCAACAAGAUCACUCUGCCCAGAGACAAAUUCUGGAUUCCAGAUAUUGUCAUCAAUGAAUUCAUGGAUGAAAACACAGCCCCUACUGUCCCGUAUCUGAACCUGUACAGCAAUGGUUGGAUGCAUGAUGCUUAUCCGGCCAAAGUUGUCAGCUCCUGUAACCUCGAUAUCUACAACUUCCCCUUCGACAUACAGAACUGCACUUUGACAUUCAACUCCUACAUCCAUUAUGCGACAGACAUUAUUAUUUUCCUGAACAAAUCUAUGGAUCACAUCACGGAGCACUCCAAGGAUGUCAUGACCACACUGGGGGAAUGGGAGCUGCUGGACAUCACCUCCAACAAACACACCCUAGAAUUUGCUGAUGGUGAAGUUAUUGACGAGCUCGCAUUUCAUAUCAGACUGAGGCGUCGGGCCACCCUGUACGUGGUGAACCUGCUGAUCCCCAGCUGCUUCCUCAUCACAGUGGACCUCUUCAGCUUCCUGCUGCCUCCUCAGGCUGUGGACCGCUCCUCCUUCAAGAUGACCCUCAUCCUGGGCUACACCGUCUUCCUGCUCAUGAUGAACGACCUGCUGCCCUCCACAGGAAACUCCAUACCUCUCAUAAACAUCUUCUUCUCUCUCUGCCUGGCUCUGAUGGUGGCCAGUCUACUGGAGACUAUCUUCAUCACCAACCUGCUGUGCGGCUCCGCAAACGUCUCUCCAGUCCCUCACUGGAUCCAAGUGCUCGUCCUGCAAAUUCUGGGCUGUCUUGUUCCCCUGCCACAGAAGGUUAAAGAUUCAGACACAAAGCGAAGUGCUGCGGUGGCAAAGCGUGAGGAGCCUCGAGACGAGAGGGGGCCACUGGUGGAGGACAAGGCCGUGCAGGAGCUGAGGAGCCUGGGUAAGGACCUCCAGGCUCUCCGCCUCCAGGUGGAGCAGCAGCUUGGUGGAACCUCAAGCUCCGAGGAGUGGAUCCAGGUGGGUUUCACCAUAGACCGCCUGCUGUUCGGCCUCUACAUCCUCUUCAUAUCAGUCAGCUUCAUUACCAUCAUUAUUAUCUGGUGCUGCCAGCGGAAAGUCAAGCCUUCUAAGCUUCUAUUCAUCUUCAUCUUUGUUCUCAUGAAUGUUGCCAAGUGUCUGCUCAUUGUGGAAACUGUUUGGUUUUUCCUUGCAGCCGAGAGCAGUUCCCUUAUGAUGAACUGCUCUCAACCUGACGCACCCUCCUUGCUGGAGGCUCUCAAACCAGUUUUCAAACUGAGCGCCAUUCGACCCGUCAGGAAUAUAUCAACCAUCACUCAUGUCAACAUUUCCUUCACCCUGUAUGGCAUUUUGGGGGUGGAUGAAAAGGCCCAAAUCUUGACAACUUUAAUCUGGCAAUCUUUAAGUUGGAGAAACGAGUUCAUCUCGUGGGACCCACAACAGUGUGGUUCUUCAUCGAUCACAGUCCCAAGAAAACUACUGUGGGUACCAGAUGUGGUCAUUAAUGAAUUUAUGGAGAAGAACUCAGCUCCAUUCACUCCAUACACCUAUGUGUAUUAUGACGGCCUUGUUUUUGAUGCACAACCUGUCAGAGUGGUCAGCUCCUGCAGACUGGACAUCUACAAGUUCCCAUUCGACGUCCAGAACUGCAGCUUAAGCUUCAACUCCUACAUGUACCUCAGUAAGGGUUUUAGGGGGUUUGGGUUACUAACUCUGUGAGUUGAAAUCUGGGAAAUAUUUGAAAUGUCUAAGGAAAUGAUGGCGACUAUGGGCGAGUGGGAACUAAUUGGAAUCACAGUGGAGAAAUUAGUUUUUAAUGCUAACAAUGAAGAAGUGUAUGAGGAGCUUCGUUUCUAUGUUUCACUGAAGCGUCGGGCCACCCUGUACGUGGUGAACCUGCUGAUCCCCAGCUGCUUCCUCAUCACGGUGGACCUCUUCAGCUUCCUGCUGCCUCCUCAGACUGUGGACCGCUCCUCCUUCAAGAUGACCCUCAUCCUGGGCUACACCGUCUUCCUGCUCAUCAUGAACGACCUGCUGCCCGUCACAGGAAACUCCAUACCUCUCAUAAAUGUGUUCCUGUCUCUGUGCCUGGGUCUGAUGGUGGCCAGUCUGCUGGAGACUAUCCUGAUCACCAACCUGCUGUGCGGCUCCACUCAUUAUUCUGCAGUUCCUCACUGGAUCAGAGUACUUGUUCUCCGUAUCCUGGGCCAACUGGUGCGACUUCCUCCAAAGUCCAGAGAUCUACAAGAUGUCACAGUCAUCCAAAACCCUUCAGCACAUGGUAGCUGCGAGGCUCCAGAGCAGAAAGGACCUCUGAAUAAGGACAAGGCCCUGGACGAGCUGAGGAGCCUGGGUAAGGAGCUCCAGGGUCUCCGCCUCCAGGUGGAGCAGCAUCUGGGUGGGAGCCAGAGUUCAGAGGAGUGGAUCCAGGUGGGUUUCAUCAUAGACCGCCUGCUGUUCGGCCUGUACGUCCUCUUCAUAUCAGUCAGCUUCAUUACCAUCAUCAUCAUCUGGGUGCAGUCGUACAACCCCUGAUUUGACUAUUUUGUUUGUUUUGUUCUUAUUUUUAGAUGCAGGGUCACAUUAUUUACCAUGUUAAUUGUU